AUGUCGAUGAAGCGCGUCGUCGGGAAACUUCGACAAGCUGUGAAGACGCAGAGGUCUACAGGCGGCUCACCUGCGCAAAGCUCGCCUCCAUUUCUUGCCAAUGCUGCGUCUGCCGUAAUAGCCUCUCGACGGCAGGGACACCAAGAAGGAAAUCAGAAUGCCACUCCUGACGGACGACGGGGUCCCGCGACCGCUGCACCCCCGACGUCGGGAAGAACGCCGCGUCAAGGCAGUAAGCAGAGUCAUCUGGGUCUGUCGC